AUGGAAGACCGUCUGUUUCAGAUAUCGCUUCUGCUUGGAGUCUUAUGUUCACGAGGCUUUCACGGUCGGUAUAUUUUGAUCCAGACCAACAAAAACUGGGAUGAAGCUCAAGCUUUCUGUCGACAGAAUCAUCUGCACUUGGCUACUUUUCACAAUGAAAUCGAUUGGGAGAACUUCCGAGAAAUGAUGUCUGCCAGUAAUGUCGCAUCAAAAGUCUGGCUGGGAUUGUACGUUGACUUCAACACCUGGCGAUGGUCUUACCAGAACCAGAACUUAACAUUGACCGAGUGGAACUCUGGAGAACCCAACAAUGCUGGAGGCCGUGAGGAGUGUGGUGUGCUGAUAAAAUAUGGGAACAAUAUAAUUUGGAACGACAUUCCUUGUCAUGUUAAUUUGAGCUGUGUUUGCUAUCACGCGGAGACGAACCGAUUAAUCCAUGUUUCCGAUCAGCAGAGGACGUGGCGUGAGGCUCAGCUGUACUGUCGAGAACUUUACACAGAUCUGGCCACCAUACGCAAUGCUGACGAUCACGAUCAGAUCAUCAACUUGACAACGGAAAACCUUCACACCUGGAUUGGCUUGUUUCGGGACUCUUGGAUGUGGUCGGAUGGGACGGCUGUCUCUUCCACUUCUGUCGGACGGGUUAACGCAAAUGGAGCGAAUGAAUCGUGUGGAUUGGCUGAUUCUCAGGGUAGAACUGAAGACGCUGCGUGCUCUCUGCUGCUUCCUUUUGUCUGCAGUCAAGGACAGUGGAGACAGAUCGUGAGGUUUGAGGUCAAAUCAAACAGAAGCAUCGAGAAUGACGCUGAGAUUCAGGCCCUCAUCUUACAGCAGAUACAUGAGGAGCUGUUGCAUCGUGGGAUGGCAGCGAGCACCAAAGCCACAUGGAGGGUUCAGACAGAUGGCAGUCUGUUUCGUGAGAGAGACCAUGUGCGGGAAAGAGAGCCGUCUCUUGACCUUACACCGAACUUGAAUGACACAUGUGACCAGACUGUUGGCCUCGAAAGAUGAAGAGUUGAAUGCAAACCUUGUUUUUGAUUUU